UGUGGCUUAGUGGCCGACUGUUAGCUCCACCUAUUGUAGGUGUAGGGUUCGAAAAUACGUUGGGGUUUUUAUUUUCUUCUAUUUUCGCGUUUUUAUUUUCUUCUAUUUUCGCCAAUAAUCCGCAAAACAGAGGCCUUCUGUCUGUCACUUUCACCAUCUCCUAAACCCCUCGCGCCAGUCACAGAAAAAAACCUUAAACCCUUUUUAAAACAUUGUUCUUUCUUUUUUUUUUUUUUUUUUUAUACAGCUCCUAAUUCUCUUCAUCAUUAUUAUCAGCAGUAAUUCUCUUCAUCACCAUCAGCAGUGAUUGAUAAAAAAAAUGCGAAAAACACAGCAAAAACAGCAAGACAUAGUCUAUACUAAGCAGCCUUACAUUGAAGAUGCGGGACCUCGCAGAAUCAAAAGUAUGCAAUUUACAAUGAUGUCAGGAGCAGAGAUUUUAAAAGCAGCAGAAUGCCAAGUUCAUUUAGGUUCUUAUUAUGAUUCCACUCGUAAACCUAUUCAAGCCGGUUUAUUGGAUCCCCGCUUGGGUCCUGCAACUAAACAGAGUAGUGCCUGUGAAACUUGCGGCGCGGACUUUCAUGAGUGUCCUGGACAUUUUGGAUACUUGAAUCUUGUUUUGCCAGUGUUUAAUGUUGGAUAUAUGAGUAACAUUUUGGAUAUUUUGAAGUGUAUUUGCAAGUCCUGUUCUCGUAUACUUUACGAUGAGAAAUUAUGUAAAGCUGACUUGAAAAAGAUGAGAAAUCCCAGGAUAGAGCAUCUGAGGAAGAGUGAGUUGGUGAAGAAGAUUGUGAAAAAGUGCAGUAGCAUGACAAGCAAUAAAGCUGUGAAGUGCACGAGAUGUGGAGAUAUGAAUGGGAUGGUCAAGAAGGCUGGUUCUGUUCUAAGCAUUAUUCAUGAUCGGGCAAAAUUAGUUGAUGGCUAUUUGGAAGAAUGCAGAUCAGCAAUUGCACAUACUAAAGAGUCUAGAGCACCCAUUAGUCUGGCUACUUAUAUUCUUACCCCUGUCAAAGUUCUCUCUCUUUUUAAAAGAAUUCCAGAGGAGGACUGCGAAGUGCUUGGUCUGUAUGAUAGACCUGAGAAACUCAUCAUAACAAACAUUGCCGUGCCGCCUAUAUCAAUUCGACCUUCUGUUUUCACAGAUGGAUUACAGAGUAAUGAAAAUGACAUCACAGAGAGAUUAAAACAAAUUAUUCAGGCAAAUGCUAGCCUUCGCAUGGAGUUACUAGAAGGAAGAAUGAGUGUGAACAAAUAUCUGGAUUCUUGGGAUGGUCUUCAAGCUGCAGUUGCACUCUAUAUGAAUAGUGAUGUUCGUGUUCCAAAUAACGUGGAAGUUGGCAAGCCAUUGAGUGGUUUUGUACAGCGCCUCAAAGGAAAGCAGGGACGUUUUCGUGGGAACUUAUCAGGGAAGCGUGUUGAAUUUACUGGCAGAACUGUUAUAUCACCAGACCCUAAUCUUAAAAUUACUGAGGUGGCAAUUCCUAUCCAUAUGGCUCGGAUUUUAUCUUAUCCUGAACGUGUUUCCCAUCACAAUAUUGAGAAGUUGAGGCAGCUUGUCAGUAACGGCCCUCAGAAAUACCCUGGCGCAAGUACGGUCAGAUAUCCUGACGGUUCUUCAAAGCGUUUGAUAGGUAGUUACAGAAAAACCAUUGCUGAGGAAUUGACAUUUGGUUGUAUAGUUGAUCGUCAUUUAGAAGAUGGAGAUGUUGUUCUUUUUAACAGACAACCAAGCUUGCAUCGAAUGUCUAUCAUGUGCCAUAGGGCAAGAAUCAUGCCUUGGAGAACAUUGAGAUUUAAUGAAUCUGUUUGCAACCCAUAUAAUGCUGAUUUUGAUGGUGAUGAGAUGAAUAUGCAUGUCCCACAAACAGAAGAGGCUCGAACAGAGGCACUUUUGCUGAUGGGGGUUCAAAACAAUUUAUGCACACCAAAAAAUGGAGAGAUCUUGGUUGCUUCCACACAAGAUUUUCUAACAUCAUCCUUUUUAAUUACAAGGAGGGACACUUUUUAUGACCGUGCGGCUUUCUCACUUAUGUGUUCUUAUAUGAAUGAUGGCAUGGAUCUUAUUGAUUUGCCAACACCUGCAAUACUUAAGCCGAUAGAACUUUGGACUGGUAAACAAUUAUUCAGUGUUCUACUUCGUCCAAAUGCAAAUGUGAGAGUCUACGUAAAUCUUAUUGUUAGGGAGAAAAUUUACUCCAAGCCUAAGAAAGGAGAUAAGAGAGAAAAAGAAACAAUGUGUCCUAAUGAUGGUUUUGUUUAUAUCCGGAACAGUGAGCUAAUAUCUGGACAACUGGGGAAGGCUACUCUAGGAAAUGGCAACAAGGAUGGACUUUACUCUAUUCUUCUCAGAGACUACAAUCCACAUGCUGCUGCCACUUGCAUGAAUCGGCUAGCUAAAUUAAGUGCUCGAUGGAUAGGAAAUCAUGGCUUCUCAAUUGGGAUUGAUGAUGUCCAGCCAGGAAAGAAAUUGAUUGAUGGAAAAGGGAAGACAAUUUCUAAUGGUUAUCAACAAUGUGAUAAACUAAUUGAACAAUAUAAUGAAGGAAAGCUUUUGCUUAAGCCUGGUUGUGAUGCCACUCAAACACUGGAAUCUGAAAUAACUGAGAAAUUAAAUAAGCUUCGAGAAGAAGCUGGUGAUGUAUGCAUGAAAGAAUUGCAUUGGAGAAACAGUCCAUUGAUCAUGUCACAGUGUGGAUCUAAAGGAUCUGUUAUCAAUAUCAGCCAGAUGGUUGCUUGUGUUGGUCAGCAAUCAGUUGGGGGUCGCCGUGCUCCAGAUGGAUUCAUAGAUCGAAGCCUUCCUCACUUCCCCAGAAAAUCAAAAACUCCUGCGGCUAAAGGCUUUGUUGCUAAUUCAUUCUAUAGUGGUUUGAUGGCAACUGAAUUUUUCUUCCAUACAAUGGCUGGGAGAGAAGGUCUUGUGGACACUGCGGUCAAAACAGCUGACACUGGAUACAUGUCUCGUAGACUUAUAAAAGGAUUGGAAGACUUAUCUAUCCAAUAUGAUAAUACAGUACGGAAUGCUAGUGGAUGCAUAGUUCAAUUUCUUUAUGGAGAUGAUGGCUUGGAUCCUGCAAGUAUGGAAGGGAAGGGUGGAGUUCCAUUGAAUCUUGACCGGUUGUUCUCAAAAGUGAAGGCCACUUGUCCUGUUAGAGAAGAGGAUUACCUAUCUCCUUUGGAUAUUUCUGACGUGGUGGAAAAUUUGCUACUAAAGCAUGAUAUGGCUCUUGGUGGAAUUUGUUCUGAAGCCUUUAAAAAAAGUCUGACUUCCUUUCUCGGAAGUCAUGCCAAGAGAUUGGAAAGCAUGAUGAAAUUGGCCGAUGGUGUUGAGGACCCAACCUCUGAGAAUAUACAAACUGGAGGGAUAAGAGGAAAUUCUAAGAUCAUAGAAAGACUGGCUCACAAAAUAUUUGGUGUUUCUGAAAGACAGAUAGAGGUUUUUGUAAAAACAUGCAUCAAUCGUUAUCUUUGGAAAAGAGUUGAACCUGGAACUGCCAUUGGUGCAAUUGGAGCUCAAAGUAUAGGGGAGCCAGGGACGCAGAUGACAUUGAAGACCUUUCACUUUGCUGGAGUUGCAAGCAUGAAUAUAACACAAGGAGUUCCUCGCAUCAAAGAAAUAAUAAAUGGGGCUAAGAAGAUUAGUACACCUAUCAUUACUGCAGAGCUUGAGCAGAAUACUAAUGUGACUGCUGCUCGAAUAGCAAAAGGUCGGAUCCAAAAAACUGUUCUGGGCCAGGUUGCUAAGAGUAUCAAAAUUGUAAUGACUUCGAGAUCAGCAUCUGUAGUGAUCACACUUGACAUGAAAACAAUUCAAAAUGCACAAUUAUCUCUUGAUGCUAACAUUGUGAAGGAAGCAAUUUUACGAACUCCAAGAAUUAAACUAAAGCCACAGCAUAUCAAAGUUCUGGAUACUAGAAAGUUGGAAGUUAUUCCUCUGGGUGACAGGGAGAGGGUUCAUUUUGAGCUCCAUAAUCUUAAAAAUUUGUUGCCAUCAAUCAUAGUUCAGGGCAUAAAAACUGUUGAACGUGCUGUCAUAGCCCAGAAAAAGCAUGAUGGUAAAGCAAAUGAUCAAGAGCUCCCAACAUACAACAUGUUGGUAGAAGGGAUGGGUCUUGAUCUUGUUAUGGGAACUGAAGGAGUGGAUGGGUGCAAAACAACGAGUAAUCAUGUAAUGGAAGUUCAGAAAUUUCUUGGAAUUGAGGCUGCAAGAAAGUGCAUAAUUGAUGAGAUAAAUCAGACCAUGGAACAUCAUGGAAUGAGCAUUGACAUACGGCAUAUGAUGCUUUUAGGAGAUCUAAUGACAUUUAAGGGCGAAGUUCUUGGAAUCACAAGAUUUGGCAUUCAAAAAAUGGACAAAAGUGUUUUGAUGUUGGCUUCAUUUGAGAAAACAGCAGAUCACCUUUAUCAUGCUGCUGUUUUUGGAAGGGAUGACAAGAUUGAGGGAGUUAGUGAAUGUAUCAUAAUGGGCAUCCCAAUGCAGAUAGGCACAGGAAUACUCAAAGUACAACAAAGGGUUGAUCCACCACCAGUGCUGAAUUAUGGAUCAGACUCUAUCAUCUCUUAAGCGUUUUUAAUUUCAAAGUUCAUGAAACAUACAUGCAGAUCAUUGCAAUACACACAGGCAGACGCAUUAUCAUCAGUGUCUUUGAAGCAGAUGGCCGAGUACAAGCUGGCAAUUUAUAGGCAUGCUUCAACAGGAGUAGCACUUCUGCAUAUUAGGUCUCCCUAGAGCUCCAGCAUAUGGAUUUGCAGCUUGCGAACAAAAAGAAAAUGGUGAUUUUGCCGCAUAUACAGCUAAAGUAAAAGAACACUCAUCAAAUUCAGUUUCCCUCAACAAGGUGACAUGUCAAAUUGCAGUUUUGACUUUCAGUAUUACUUCUGUGCAAAGUAGUCAAAUCAAGGAAGUUCAUCUAGUGAUAAUUGAUGAAAUUAUCAUGUACAAAUGAAAAUCAGUAUGAUGCAUGUUGUACAAUGCGGAGUAAUAUUGAGAUUCUUUAACUUGAUUCUAUCUUGAUACAUAAAAAGUGGUCUAAAUUUUCCCA